CCGUAGAUCCGAGCCUGGGCGUCGACAGCGCGCUUCAACUGAUAACUGGCUGCUGCUGCGUAGGAAACGAACAGCCCUUCAGCCAGCGCACACCUCGGAGGUGUCUCUUACAUAAACAAAGGAAAUGCACUCGGUCACGAUGGACAGCAGCGGGUCUCCGAAGAAGCGGACGUUCUCUCGGGGACUGAGCGAGGACGAGUCUCUCCGCAGCAUUAUAACAGAGAAUGACAGCUCGUCCAGGCGUCUGACGCGGAGCGACAGCCGAGCAGGCACCCUGAAGAGGAGGAGUGACAGUCAGUCUGAAAAGGAGCUCUUCAUGGGACUCCCAGAUAUGAUGGAGCUGCAGGCCAGCUACGACGAGGUGGUGCAGGAGCUGCGUGGGCUGGAGGUCGAGCGAGAGACUCUGUUGUUCCAGGUGGACGUCCUGCAGGACACGCUGGAGGGUGUGGAGGAGCUGCUGGCCGAGGCUCAGAGGGAAGCUGGACAGGCUAGUUUGGAGUUGGUACAAGAGAGGGAGGCCAAGAGGAAGCUGGAGAGCAUGGUCAGCUCUCUGAUGCAAGAAGUGGAGAGAUUAAAAGAGGAAAGGAUGAAUGCACCCGUCCAUACACAUGGAAGUGAAGAUGAGGCGACAAGACAAGGACGCCAAAUGGCAAAUGAUGCCACGGAGCGGAUUCAAGCUGUAUGCAGAGAACAAAGUGACGCGUCCCUGUGUGAACCUGACGGAAGUGAAAGCAGAGGUGGAGCGUCUGAGGAGGAGAGGCAGGCUGAAGGAGCCGAGGAGGAAGAGAGCGUCAUUACGAAGCUGCGGAGGAUGGUCAAUAAGCCCCUGAGCCAAAUCCCCUCGCUCGCACUGGAAAACUUGCUCUCUGAAGACGGGGUCCACUGGAGGCCUUUUGAAAACGUCACCGAUGACGGGAGAGAUCCUUCGCCAGACACAAACGACUCCGACAACUUAAGUGCCUACGAGGAUGCAUCUGCUGAGACUCCAGAGCAGAAUAGGCUCUUUCCAGGUGAGGGAGAUACUGUGGACCUCCCUGAUGAUUCAGAGAAUAAAGAGAUAAGUCCAGCCAACAACUGUCAGGUCAAUGAAAGUGAGACCCAAGAUCCAAAAAGCCCUGAUGCCUGCAUUGUGUCUUAACUUCAUCUGUUUUAUCUUCUACUGGGGGAAAGGACAAAGAUUAUUAUUGAUCUUUUGGUGAAAUUCAAGAGCUCUUUGAUUUGCAGUUUACUCUAAUUGGAUCUUAACGUCCUUAGAAAUCCUGGAGGCUAAUGACAGCACCCACUGUCGAGUUGCUGUAAUUAAAACUGCAAUGAUGAAUCAAAUAGGUGAUUGAACGAAAAUAACCUGGGACUAUUUUGACAAUCAAGUAAUUUUUCAAGCAAAAUCUUCCAAAGAUCCACUGGUUUCAGAUCUGAGGAUUUGUUGCUUUACUGUAUCUUUCGGAGUCUGACUAUUUCAGGUAGAUAACAAGCAAUUUGUAGACAUCGUCUGAGCCAUUUGUAAAUCGAGAGCCAUUCAGAUAAAAAAAGCUCUUAUGAUGGAAACUUUCAUAAUUUUUGGACAUUUUAUAGAUCCAUUAUAUAACGCUAGAUUAUUCAAGAAAAUUAGCUACAGAUGAAUUGAUAAUGAAGAUAGUUGUAAGUGGCAGCUCUAGCUGUAAUACACUGUAGUAAAAUUAUAAGAUUCAGUUUCAGAUUCACAAAGAAAGGAACUCAGGGUCCAGGUGGUUUAAUGAGCCAGAAUUCCACUCAUGACUACUUUAUAUUAUUUACCGCUUGUUUUUGUUUUUCCAAUCUGUGUAUAUAGCUCUGUAUGUGUAUGGAAAAAAUACUCUAUUCUGCUUUGACCCUUUAUCUCUUUGGAAAUCUUUUAAGAAAGUUUAUACACAGCUGCCAAGACAAAUCAGGAUUAACCUGUAUACAAAAUACAGUGGACAAUCAUAAGUUUUUGGACAAGGGACCGACGUUGUUAUGGCUCCAAUCAUAACUGCACAUUCAAAAAAGAGGAGUCUAGAGUUACUUGCACCUUGUUACAGCUAAAUGUGUUUUUAAAAUGAGGAGUAUUGUCUUGCAUACGGUAAAAUCAUUGGCAGUUUCAGAUAUUUGGUCCGAUGGUCUCCAGUUGUAGAGCUCAGUGUAAAGGUUUACUUCACGAUUGACAUUAGUCUUUGACUCCUCACAUCAGAUACUAAUAAUCCGUAAGGUUACAAGAUAAUGAAUUUUUUUUUUUAAUGUAAGAGAAAUGCCUUCUAUUUACUGCCCCACUGGUACCACAAAAACAUUUUUUUUUCAUAAUAUCCCUAGUUCUCACCCUAUUUCAGUUUAUGCUGCAUUUGCACUUUUCUAAAGUUCUUGUAAUUUGGCAUAAAUUUGUCAGAUGACAUUACAAACAACAUUCCCUUUACAACCAUGCACGUCAGUGAGAGACGAGUGGCUGGCCUGCCGCGGGCUCUGUCCCUUCUGCCUGCAUGCCGAUCAUACGUUUGCACAUUUGCGCGUGAAACUUGCUGAAAUUAGUCUCUUUAAAUUUUGUACAGGUCUUUUUUUGUUACACUGCUACGAGUCAACAGUAGACCCGCUCACCUCAUUUGUGACAGUUUGCAUGAGCUACAAAUGUAAAUUGAUUUCCAAACAGCACAUGAAUUGAACUUACGUCAUUUAAUAGUCCUUUUGCACGUAGUACUUUCAAAGAGGUGUAUUUAAUUAUACUUAAAUCUAAGUUUACUGCCAAAAUUUGUUUUUUAAAGGGAUUUUCAGAGGGAUCUUAAUGUGAGAGAGUGAGGCAUGUGUUGCCUCAAUCUAUCGUUCCCUUCUUUUUUUAACAAACAGCUCCGAUGACUGGCUCAAAGUGAGCUGGGGGAAGGUUUCUGUUACUGUUAUUCACAUGUGCUGUUGAGGUGAUUUAUGUUGAUAUAAUACAAUACUGUUGAUUUUCUGUUAAUUUUCUGUCAGGUUAAAGGGGUUUAUUUUUUAAUGAUACACUUUUUAAUGAAAAUUACACUUGAUUCCAGACUGGUCAAACUUCAUUUUUAAAAUUCAUGUCACAGUAUCAAGGGAAACGUCUGAUACUGGCACUGUAAUUUGGGCACAUAACAGUUAUGUUUUGAUAUUCAAUAAAGUAAUCAAAUGAUUUUUGGGUUUUAUCUUCAGACAACAAUGCAAAAAAAAAAUCUGUUCUCAGCAUAAUUCAAUGUUUUAUGGGUCUAAACAUUUUUUUGACUUGAAUGUUCAGAUUUAACAGUAAAUUACAAAUUUAUACUUGUACCUGAAAUUACAUUCCAGACAUAUCAAAAUAAAAAGAGUUAAUAAUG